CUCUUCUCCUGAAAGGUACUCCUUCAAAUAGUACAGUAUGUACCAUUUUCUGCUAUAUCGUCCCAGUGCUGAGAUGCAUAUCCACCACGCCUGCUUGAGCUUAGACCUCGCAGUAUCUCCUCUGCUGACGCUUCUCGUGCGAAGAGUGCCUCAUGCUUAGUAAACGAGCACCCUUCUGACUUCAGCCUUCCGGAGCCUCGGUUCUCCGACAAUGCGGAGAAUGGAGCUCCUGACACUGACACUCUCCCUCCGCAGCUUGUCGGUACUGACUACGGCUUCUCGCGUAUAGGACAAGGGAGUCUUACUGGUGUACAGCAGCACAGCCGAGUCGGCUCCUAUCGACCCCAAACCCACAAGAAUGCCAGAGGCUUCAAAAUCGCCAACUGAUUAUAACAUGAGGUAAGCUACCGAGGUUUGUGCUCCUCCCUCUGGAAAGGUCGUUAUAUCCGCCACCGUCCUGUCUGAGUCGAGUAUUUGCACAACUCUUGUCAGGAGAUACACUGUUCCUGGUCACCCGGAAGACGAAUACAAUAUCGCGCGGGGAACUUGGGCUUUCUAUCUGCCGCUUCCCUUCCUACACGCCAUAAUAUGGCUCCCUCUGCGGUCGACAAUGGCUACAGGGGCAUGUAUAUCCCACCUGACAAGAGUACUGACCCCGAGCUCGGUCGGAAUGAAGUGCGUCCACUGGUCAACAACCCGUCUCCUGAAGAUGUGGAAAUACUCGAACAGCUAUAUGGCUCUCACAAAAAGAUGCGGAUCGCCGUGCUCGGGGCUGGGGUGUCCGGGUUGAACUUCUUCAAGUUUGCCGAAGAGAGGCUCAAGAACGUCGAGAUCAUAUGUUAUGACAAGAAUCCCGAUAUCGGAGGGACGUGGUACGAGAACCGGUAUCCAGGUUGCGCUUGUGAUAUACCGAGUGUAGUUUAUCAAUUCCCAUGGCGUCCUGCCCCGUGGUCGAAGUACUACUCACACUCACCCGAGAUCUGGGAAUAUCUCAAGACGGUCGACCGAGAGAACAACUUCACUGAGAAAUAUGUCAAACUUCGACAUCGAGUCGUUGCCCUUUCUUGGGAUGACGGAACCGGUCAAUGGACUGUCCGUGUUGAGAACCUUGCAACCGGUCGAGUAUUUGACGAUCAUGCGGAUUUCAUCAUUGACGGCGGAGGUGUCCUGAACAGAUGGAAGUGGCCAGACAUCCCAGGUCUCCAUGAUUUUAAGGGAACCCUCCUUCACUCUGCACAAUGGGACGAAAACACGGAUCUUACCGGCAAGAAAGUCGCACUAAUUGGAGCCGGCAGCAGUGCCGUGCAGAUACUGCCAAAUAUCUAUGGCAAGGUGGACAAGGUGUAUACCUGGAUCCGCAACAAAAUCUGGAUCACCGCAGGGUUCGCGCAGAACUUUGCCGGUAAAGACGGGGCCAAUUUCAUCUACAGUGAAGAGCAACGCAAACUGUUCGAGGAUCCGGACGAAUACCUGGCCUACUGCAAAAUGAUCGAGGAAGAGCUCAACCAGCGAUUUGGCUUCAUCAUCAACGGAUCUCCGGCUCAAAAGCAGGCGCGUGAGUUUUCAGAGAAUGAGAUGAAGACACACUUGAAAGACCGGCCCGAUCUGUUGGAGAAAGUCAUGCCUACCGGAUUUUACGUAGGUUGCCGCCGGCCGACCCCUGGAAAUGGAUAUCUCCAGGCCCUCGCGGGGGAGAAGACGCAGGCUUAUACCUCACAACUUCAACGCAUCACCGAAAAGGGUUUUAUUGAUCCCGAUGGAAACGAGCAAGAAGUGGACGUCAUCAUCUGUGCAACUGGAUUUGACACGUCUUAUAAACCACGAUUUCCUCUGAUUGUCAACGGGUCAGACAAACGGGAUGAAUGGAAAGACUUACCUCAUAGUCCGUCUUACCUUAGCGUUGCACUGGCCGGAGUGCCCAACUACCUUGUCUUUGGCGGGGCCUAUUGUCCCUCGGCACAUGGAUCAUUCUUCCCUCUCAUUCAGGGAUAUAGCAACUACGCCAUGCAGGUGAUUGAAAAGAUGCAGGUCGAGAACAUCCGAUCGCUGCGGCCCAAAGAAAAGGUUGUGGAUCAUUUUAUCCGGCAUGCCGACUCGUUCCUCAAGCGAACAGCAUGGACCGGGCCCUGCUCGAGUUGGUUCAAAGGAGGUAAGAUUGAUGGGAAACCGGCGAUCUGGCCGGGCUCUCGCCUGCACUUCCUUCGCUGUAUGGAAACGCCUCGAUAUGAAGACUUUGACAUUGAGUAUGACGAAGCAGACGACAUGUUCAGCUUCUUUGGCAAUGGCUUCCACGUCUGCGAGAGAGAUGGCAGCGACAUUACGUGGUAUCUGGGCACUCCAAAGAAGGAAGUGGACAUGGAUAAGAUCAGAAAAGUGAUGGACGGUACCAGGGGGACGGAGUUGAAGACGUCGUGGAAGUAGCUGUGUGCUUGAUUCUCUGGAUAUGUUUGUCGACCACCCCCUGUGUAUCAGCCUUGCCGGUUUAUAUAGCACUUUUACUUUGAAGAUUUGAAAGACAUUUAUUAUCAAGCCUUCCAGACCUUGA